AUGUUACCUAUAUCAAGAAUCGUUAAUGGUAACGAGUACCAGUUACAGCCUCUAAUGGAUUUUACCGUUAGGCGUUUACCGGAGUACCUAGAAGAGGUAUUAAUAAUUUUAAAGGAGAAAGAGCGUGAUUGCCUAACUAUAAUUAAUAAAUGGGGCUGCGUUGGAUCUCAACAAUCACAGUUCAAACAAAAACUAGAAAGUGACAUUGAUUCGGAUUUAAGCAUAUUCCAAAGGUAUUUUGUGCCUCUUCAAUUAGUUUCUGGAGAUAAAAAUGAAAAAGUUUUAUGGAAUAAUCCAACCCCCUUUUCGCCGCGACCAAUAAGAUUCCGUUUUAUCAAGGAAACUAAUGAUGUAACUGAAGAGGAAAUAACACACGUCAAAAGCGCUAUUACCACUUUAGUCCCAACAGAAGUCGACCUAGGAGGGAAAAAGUUGUUAAGCACAAAUUUAUCAUGA